AUGGUCAGGUACGUGGUCAACCGGGACGCUCCUGGGGGUGAGGUUCCAGUUGGAACUCCUGCCCCGCGGUUGAGUGUACCAGAAGAUCUCGUCCUGGCUGCAGUUACCCGGGGGGACUCAGUACCCUCUGGCUCGAGCUCCACGGCUCUCGGUUCUCCUGGCGGUACCCGUGGUGAGUGGGGGAGGAGAGAUUCGGGGACUACGUCUGCGGUCUCCUCCGAUGCAGAACUCCCUCCGGUCCCCACGGUUCAGCCAAAGUUGGCCACGGACCCAGUGGUGCGGAGAAGGAGGGAGAGACGUCGGGGAGGAGCGUCCGGUCCGGUGCUGCAGCCCGUGCCCAUUUCUAAAAGAUUUAAGAUCUUCAAAAAAUAUAUAUAUAAGUAUGAAGCAGAGAUCCAGAAUGGUGUAAAAGGAACCUCGCCUCUCAAGAAUGGCCCCAAAAUCUCCUGCAAGGUUGAGAUUGAUGUACUCCAGGCAUGCAGCUUUGAGCUCCGCACUAGCGAGUGCGCUCUGACUGAAGCAGUAGGUGUGAACUCCGAUGGGACGCUCACGUAUGCUCCUGUUGCUGAUGCUGAGAACUUCCAAACUGCCAUGGAAAAAAAUGUACUGAAGUUUGUAGUGGAAGGUGAGACCGGUGUGACACUCUACUCUGAGGAUGAAAAAACCCACAUCCUGAACUUCAAGAGGGGUAUAAUCUCCACUCUGGUUGUGCCUGUCAUGGGGAAAGAGCAGAGCAAAGACAUGAUAACUGUCCAUGGAAUCUGUGCCACUGAAGUCAAGGUCAACACCAGAGAAGAUAUAGCCACUGAUGUCACCAUCACCAGGGAUCUGUCUGGAUGUGAUCAUUUCAAAGCCCAAAGGAGCCACAACAGCCCUCUGGCCAUAGUUACUGGUUUGCAAUACCCUCUGUCCAAGCUGAUUGGCAGCAUCCAGUCCUGCAGCUACAAGUUUGACAACCAGAAAAAGCACAUGACAUCAGCUACGUGCACAGAAAAGCACAUCUUCCUUCCCUUCUCCUACAAGAAUGAAUACGGCAUCUCUUCUCUUGUGAAGCAAACCUUAACUCUUCAAGGAACAAGCAAGAUCAACGACAGAGUUUUUGCUUUCCGUUCCACAGACCGCAAGGACUUGGCACUGGAAGCUGUGCAAGAUAAGAACCUAGUCCAGACCUCUGAUGCUCUGAUGACGAUCUUCAGAGAUCUCAAAUCCAUGCAUAAACAACCACACGACAACGAGAGAGCCCACACCUUCCAGAGGCUGGUGUCUGAGCUCCGUGGCCUGGAGGUUGAGAUUCUGAAACAAGCUACCACCCAGAUGAUGGAGGAGGACAAGUUCUUGGCAUUGCAGGCCGUGACCCAGUGUGGCACCCCAGAAUGCGUAAGUUCCAUGCUCAGUAUCCUCAAGACGAUGGACUCUGAUGCUGUUGAAGUAGAUGCUGCAGUCUAUGCUCUGGUAAUGAUGCACAGCCCCACUGGCCUCCUGGUGAAAGACAUACUUGAGAUCGCCCAGACGAGGCAGAGCAAGCCAAUCAUGUAUGCUCUCAGCAAUGUUGUAAGAAGGCACUUCCAAGCUGAGGGUCAGGUCACCCCCGAGAUCACUGAUGUGUACAACUUCAUCUCCUCCAUCCUUGGUGCCGACUGUGCUGGAGAGAAGGAACUGACCUUCAUGACCAUAAGGGUUGUUGGAAACAUGGGUGAGGCUAUGGAAGCUUCUGAUCCUAACAUUAAAAACGUCCUGCUGAAAUGCAUGAGACAGCCUACCACCACCCUCUCUGUCCAGCUGGCUGCCAUCCAAGCUUUCAGGCGCAUGUCUGUGACUAAUGAUAUCCGUUCCAACAUCCAGAGAGUUGCCCUUUACGGCAAAGGUGCUGUUCAGAAAAGACUGGCUGCAUAUCUCAUUUUGAUGAGAAAGCCUGAGGCGAGCGACUUUGAGGUUGUGAAAAAGAUUCUUAACCAGGAUCAGAAUGCGCAAGUCAAGUCCUUUGUGGCUUCCCAUGUCUACAACAUUGUUCAUUCCAAAGACCCUGAACUCCAAGAGUUGGGCAAAAAGAUCAUUGAGGUCAUGGAGAACAAUGAGGUGCUUACCCAUGCUAACUACACUCAGCUCUCUCGUAACUAUAAGAUGGACACGUUUAUGGCAGGAAAGGACGCCAUUGGCUCCAGCAUGCAGGGAAGCGCUAUUUUUGAUGCCAACGGCCAGUUGCCCAGGGAAGUUUUGUUUGAGACAACCCUGAAGGCCUUCGGUUUCAGCCUUGACUUCAUCGAGUUUGGUAUGGAGGGCAAAGGAUUCGAGCCAAGUGUGGAGGCUAUCUUUGGAAGCAAUGGUUUCUUCCCUGACACCAUUUCCAAGGCAAUGUACUGGGCUGGAGACAAAAUGCCAAACAAAAUCAAUGAGAUUCUUCAGGAGUGGGUUGAACCUCUGAGAACAGAAAAGACUAAGAGACAGGUUCCUGAGAACAUUGUAAGAGAAAUGGUGCGCAACUUCAACAAGCUUGCUAAGGACCUGUACAACCAGGAAUCCCCAGAGGCCAUGGCCUACUUGAGGAUCAUGGGAAAUGAAAUGGGAUUCAUCAAGAGCACCAGUGAACUGUCAGCCAUUGUGGGCAGAAUGACCAAAUACAUUCAGGCCUUCAAGAACUCACCUGCUUGGAUUACAAAGGCCUUAAUGUCUGGAGAUCAGAACAUCUUCGCUCACUACAUCUUUAUGGAUAAUGAGUUCUCCCUGCCAACUGCCUCUGGAUUUCCACUGAAAUUUGCUAUGUCUGGAACCUUUGCGCCUGGAGUAAAGGGUGGUCUGCGUAUGGAGCCUGGCAAGCGUGAACUGUCUUUCUCACCUUCGAUGGGAGUCGAAUUUGUCACCCAUAUGGGAGUCCACAUGCCCAAGUUUGUUGAUUCUGCUGUGGAAAUGCACACUACCUUGUUCCAUGAGAGCUCUCUCAAUGCCAAGAUCACCAUGGGUGACGGUCAAAUAAAGUUGUCUAUCCCUGCACCUACGGGUACCUCUCAACUCUUCAGGGCUAGCAACAAGCUAUUGAUGGUGUCCAAAACCCAGGUCACCAUUGUGCCUGACACAGGCGACAGCACCGCUAUAGCACAGUGUAACCCUCUCAUCUCUGGUAUCAACUACUGCAUCAGUUUGCUUAACUCUAGAACUGGACCAGAUUCUCCAUACUUUCCUCUCAAUGGAGAGUCCAGUUUUGCUGUGGAUAUUGAGCCCACCGGUGAAGUGACUGACUACACAGCAACCUUUGCCUACGAGCUCUUAAACAAGGAUGACGGCAACAAGGUUGAUUCCCUGAAAAUAAUUAUGAGAGCAGAAGGUGCUAAGCCCACUGAGGCAACUGCCUCUGUCAAGUACAACCGGAACAAGAAUUUGUUAAGCACCAGCAUUGAGAUCCCUGACUAUGAUGUUAAGGCUGGAGUCAAAAUCGGUUACACUGACAGCCCCUCUAAGGAAAAGAAGGUCUUCUUUGAUAUCACCAACAAAAAUAUUCCUCAGCUUUCUCUCAUCGGUCGUGCCAAGUUUGAAUCUAUGAAAGAACGUUUGCUGGAAGCUCAGUUGAUUGUCCCCUCACUCAGCACUGAGGCCACCCUUUCUGCCACCAUGAACCAUGCUGAAGAUUUAACUCUAGAACUCAAGAGUAACAUCAAGCUACCAGAGACCAACUCUGUGCAAAAGAUCAUCUUCAAAUAUGCUGAUGAUGAGAUGACAGUUCAGCUAAAGUCUGAUAUGGACUCGGAGAUCUAGAGGCUUUGGAACACGGCACGUCUGCAGAGUCACCUGCAACAGGUCAUUGAUGGCAUCAUGGAACACAAAGUUGUCAAGACUGACAUGAAGCUGCGUCACAUUUAUGCAAAACUGUGGGAGGCUUAUCUCAUUUGGAUGGACAAGAUUUCUGCUGAUAUGCCUUACAUUCAGAACCUUAGAGAGAACAUUUCAGAAAUAACCAUUCCAUCUAUGCCUGAGAGGGUGUUCAUGAACACUGAGAGCACAUUCAAAUACAAGUUCAACAAGGAUCGGGUCACAAUCACCGUUCCGUUGCCUCUUGGUGGAAAGACAUCUGAGGACCUCAGAAUUCCUCCAUCCAUGGCCACCCCUGACUUGGCUAUGCCACAGAUUGGUCUAAUGCUGCCUUCCAAAAAGUUCAAUCUACCUACCUUUACUAUCCCAUCCAGUUAUGACCUCUCAAUGCCACUCCUCAGAAUGGUAGAGAUAUCUGCAAAAGUGAGCAACAACUUCUAUGACAUCGAGGUGGUUUUCUCUGCUAGCAACAAAACUGAAAAUGAGCCCAACUACAUUGCAAGAUAUACAGUCAUUACAAACUCCCCUGUUAACCUUCUCGCCUUCACUGUGAACGGAACUGCACAAAUUGCUGAAAUGUCCAGGGACACUGCGAAGUUCGAAAUUGAUUUUUCCCUGAAGCAUAAGCUCAUAGAUGCACACUUCAGCCUAAUGGAAACAGCCACAAUUACUGAUGUGGUGAAGGCAACAGGAAAUUACAAGAUCGGAGCUUCCAGCCCUCUGGGUAUGAAGAUGUCCCUGGAGUACACAGCCCAGGCCUCAAUCUCCUCUGAAAUUACAGGUGAUGGAAAUCUGGAUGGAUCAGUGAAAGUGGGUGCAUUGUCUGCAAGCACAGUUGCUACGCAAACUUUUGUACUACAGCCCAAAAGCAGAGAGGCAAGAGCUGAAUCUACUUUCAAGGUGACCUCUUCCAUCUUCCAAAUCCGAAACAAGAUGAAAGCUUCAGCAGGAAAUGGAAAACUUUCAUUCGAGUCAAACACUAACAUCGACAAUGACCGACUUCAGAGAGCUGCUGUUAAGCGCACAUUUCACAACCAGAUCGACUUCUCUGCAUCCGUGAAGGAAGCCACAAUCAGGAUUGAGUCCAAGGCUGAUGAUAGCACAAAUCAAGCAAUCUCCCUGUUUGCUGGAUCCUUGAACACUCAGGGAGUGGAACUCAAUACUGAUGCCAGCAUUAACUUUGCAGCAAACCGUGCCUCCCACAAAGGUACCCUGUCUUUCACCAAGGAUGGCCUGACCUCAAGCUGUACCACCAAUGCUCAGGUCGCCAGUGUGACCUUUGAAAACAUUUUCCAUGGUAGCGUCUCAAGCUCUGGUGCAACAAUGUCUGUAUCUACUAAGGGAGCAGUCCAUGAGAGCAACGCUGAGCUCAAAGUUGAGGGAAGACUUGCAAGCUCUGAAGUGUAUUUCAACAGCAUGUAUAAGGGUGACAUCUUCAAUGCCAACACUAGAAACAGGAUCACUGUCAAGCUGAAUGAAGACGGCCUGAACCUGUCCAACAACUUAAUGGCAUCACUUCAGGAGAUGAAAAUAGAAAACACAGACUCUAUCAUACUUACUCUCACUUCUUUGACCAUCCGCUCUGAGUCUGACAACUUCCUGAAUGAGAACAACUUCUACAAGCACAACAUUGCAAUUGACAUGCGUGACUUUACAGCAUCUUUGGAUGUCAACAAUGAUCUCAAAGUCAUUGGUGUCAACUUUAUCAAUGAUGCUCACGUGAAGGCAGAGCUCUACAAGAUGGAAGUGACUGGAACUCUGAAGGGAACCUUUGGUGAAGAGAAACUGAUGCAUAAAUAUGAAAUCACCUAUGCUGACCAGACAGCCACCGCAAAGUGCAGCAGCAACGGAAAACUUCUGGGCACUAAAAUGACUCAGAGCUCUGAGCUUGAGAUCGUUGGAUUCUCCUCAAAAUUCACCAAUGAGAUGCGCUUCAACUCCCCCUCCCUCCAACUGCAGAGCAAUAUCCUUACCAAAGCAGAACCUUUCAGAGUGGAUAUUGAGGGCUCCUUCAGUGCUGAUGGAGAACUCAACAUGUAUGGAAAACACAGUGGCCAGGUGAACAGCAUGCUGCUACUACAUGCCGAGCCUAAAUCUUUCUCACACAAGCAUCAAUACAAGGCCUCAACCUCCCACCAGCUAAACAACGGAAACUCCAUUAAAACUAACUUCCAAAAUGAAAUAACCAGCACUGUCACUCCUCAGCAGCAAAAUCUGAACAUCAAGACGGAGUCUAAACUAAAUGACCAUGCUUGUGACUAUACCUUAGAAAUCUUCAACAAUCCCGAAAACAUGGGUAUUACAUUGCUAGACAAAGUGUCUACCAACCUCUUGAAUAAAGACGGCAACGUCAACCAGGAAUUUUCCAUCUCAGGUGCUCUUAAAUAUGAGAAGAACGGUGACAGUUAUUUUAUUUCCCUUCCCUUCACAGAGAAGCUCCCUGAACUCACUGAAGAAUUCAAAACUGUAAUGCUUACCAUGAAGGACAAUAGCAUCAUCAUGAUUAAUGAUAUUAAUGGUAAAUAUGACAUUACAGCCACCGUCCAGAGCAAAAUAAGUUAUCUUUUGGAGGUAAUCAAAAAUGUUGAUUUUAGCCUGAUUUAUGAUAGUGUAACCACGUUCGUGACAAAAUUAGUCUCGGAAAUAGAAGUAAACCUGGAAACCAUCAGGCACUUGUUUGUCAGUGUGUACCAAAAAACCGGCAUUACCGGCAAGGUAAAUGAAAUCUACCAUAGAAUUGAUGAGAUUUUGAAAGAACAUGUUAUUGAGGCAGUUGUAGAGAAGAUCAUUGAUGAUGCUGUGGACCUAAUGAUGCAAUAUAAACUAAGAGAAACUUUGCAAUCAGCUGCAAGUUAUCUAAAAUCUUUGGACAUAAAACCACUGUUUGAUAAAUUCUUUGACCAGGUGAAUGAGUUGACGAAUCAACUAUAUACCAAAAUCAGUGAACCAAUUGAUUAUGAUGCUUUAGCUGAUGGAAUGAUGGACAUGGUCACUGACCUGAGCAGAGUUCCCUGCUUCGGAACAUUGUCUGGCAAGUUUGAGAUCAAAGCCUCUGAACACUCAUUGAAGACGACUGCUGAACUCAAGAACUCAACAGAUGUCUCUAAUCAGUUCACUGCCGUCCUGAAUUCCCAGUUCCAGACUCCUCUUGAUCUGCUGGCUUACACUUUUGAUGCCACUGCUAACCUUAAAUUUCCAAGCAUGAAUGAUCAUCUAUCCCUGACUGAAACCGUAAAAGCCAAUCACAUGGCUUUCUCAUUUGAUCACCAGGGAUCCUUGUCUGUUAAUAGCGCUUCAGCCCAAGCAUCUUCCAAGACCACUGCAAAGGCAACCACUGACCCAUACACUGCUGACUUUGUGAUCAAUGCAUUCCUGAGCACUGAGAAUGGAUACUCAGCUACUUUGGAGACUUCUUAUGAUCAUAGUGUGAACAUGCCAGUGGCCAACAUCUUCAGUGAAGCCAAAAUGACCCAGAAAGCCUUUGCUCAGCUGGAAUCUGGAAUCAUUACCUUCACCAUUGGAAAUGACGGCAAAGGAAAGUACUCUAUUCAUGAUUUGUCUAGUGAAGGAACACACAAGAGCAACCUGGAGAUUGUGAUGAACGUAAAAUCUUUCAAACUGACCUUCAGCAGCAAUACAGAUAGCAGUCUAAUCAAGAUGAACCAGAAAGUGGAUGUUGAGACUGUUGGGUUGACUCAGAUCAAGUUUAACAUACAUUCUGAGACGGAAACUCCCUUCAUCAAAAACAGCAUUGCAGCAGUUAAAGGGCAACUCAAUGUAAAGAACCUCAUGGUUGAGCUGAGUGGGUCUCACAGUGCUGAACUGACCGGCAAAGUCGAGGGAACGCUUUCUAACUCGGUUACCUUCAAGGCUAUGCCCUAUGAAAUAAUCUUUGACACCAAGAACAAGAAGAACACAAAGCUGCAGCUUCCAUUUAACCUGUCUGGUAAAGUCGAUCUGCAGAAUGACAUGUCUUUAACUCUGACUCCCACCGUGCAACAGACACGCUGGUCCGGUGUUGCUAGGUUCAAUCAGUACAAGUACUCUCAUUACAUCACAAUGGCUAAUGGUGAGGAGGAAAUUCAGAUUUCUGCAUUGGUUAACGGCGAGGCUGAUCUUAAUGUGCUGACCUUACCGAUUAACAUCCCCAAAAUUAAUGUCCCAUUGGUUGACCAGGAAACACCAUCUGUAGAGAGGUUUUCUUUGUGGGAGGAUGCAGGUCUUAAAAGAAUCUUGAUCACACCUCAGCAGACCCUUGAUUUGGACGCAAGGUUCAAGUAUGUGAAGAACCCUGAGAUGUUCAACAUGGAGCCGGUCCUGAAUGCCAUCAUCAGCAAAAUACCAAUUUUUGCACCUGAUUUUACAUCUGAAAGAAAACCAUGUCCUUAUUUUUCAAAAGUCACUCUUCCCAGUAUCCAGAAACCAAUCAUGAUUCCUGUCAUGGGAGACCUGACCUAUGAGUUCUCUGUUAAAACACCUAUGAUCACCACAAAUGCCAAGGCCGAAAUCUUUAAUCAGGAUGAACUUGUUGCUCAGUUUGAAACACGUUUAACUUCAGAGUUUGAUGUGUUUAAUGGCAAGAGCAGUGGCAAGACCACACUGAACAGAAAGUCAGGGAUGAAACUGCUUACCAACCUGAAUGUGGAGCAUCAAUAUUUUGAGAACAGCUAUAAUGGACUUCUUGAGUCUACUACUGACGUCUCCAAGGCUGUCAUUUCAAAUGCCGCUAAAGUCAAUCUGCCAGAUGUGAAAUUUAUGCUCUACCACAAGCUAACUGGAAAUGCUGAAGAGGGUCUUACAGUCUCAGUAUCUUCCCCAUCUGCUGGACUGCUCGGUCUUCAGCUGCAGAGCAAAAGCUUAUCCCAACAUACAGGAAGACUUUUCGGCACAUCUAUAUCUGAGGAUAUCGUGGACAUUCUGGAGGUGAAUGUUUCAAUAAUGGACUCAAACCGACUUAGCUUCCAGACACAAUGGAACAAGGAGGUCCCGACUGAGAUUCUUAGGUGGCUGAAAGAGAAAGUUGCUUCCCUAAAGGAUCUGAAAGACACAACAUCGUAUUAUAUAUAUGCAGUUUACAAAGAAAUCAGCGAGAAAUAUGAAAAGCUAGAAAUAACCAUUGAUCACUUAAAAGUUCAAGCUAAAGGCAUGUACAAGAGAGCAGUUGAAAAGAUUGGUGCUGCCGAUUUUGUAAGAGUCAGCAGUAAAAUUUCCGACAACAUUGUCAUCAUCCUAAGAGCUUACCAGAAGAAUAUUCAGACCCUGUUGGAUGCAGCCAUCUCAUUUAUGAGGGACACCCAGUUCCAGCUUCCCGGAUAUGCCGAGAAACUCUCCGGACUUGAAGUUUACAACAAAAUCAGUGACUUUGUUGCCGAUGUUAUUGAGGAAGCCAUCACAAAGUUACCAGAGAUCUUCAGCACAUACGCCGAUGCCGUCACUGAGCGUAUCAGAGAAGUAGAAAUCACAAUUCCAGGAUGCACCUACAUUAUUCGUGGAAGAGAUUUGUUGGAUGAGCUCCGUGCUGUUUUCCAGAAGAUCCAAAGCCAAACCAUCACCAUCGUGAAGAGUCUUGGAGAUGUCAGCUUUGAGAACAUUGUGUAGAAACUCUCAGAAAUCCUAAAAUUCACUGUGGAGAAAGCAGAGGAGUUCAUUACCACUCUGAAGGAUCAGGAUAUUGACAAGCUCAGUGAAUGGAUGAGCACCUUCUACACAGAUGCUGUCAACUCCAACAUCCUACGUGAGGUUUUUGAGCAAGCUGAGACAUCAAGGACAAUCAUUGUAGAAUACUAUACAACUGUCAAAGCUAAAGCCCAGGAUAUCUUUGCUGAGAUAACCGUUGAACAACUGAUUGCAGAUAUCAAUGCCUGGAUUGAUGCUACUGCGACACGUCUGCAAGUCCUUGUGAAUCAAAUCAUCAUGACCAUUAAAGAUGCCGCCAAGAAUGUUCAAUCCUACGUGAGAGUGGGCGAGACAGAGAUGGACAUUGACAUUCCUCUUCCAUUAAUAUGGGAUUUCUUCAAUAGAGUCAUUUCUGAUCCUUGUAUCAAGACACUCCUUCGGUAAACUAUUUAGCUAAUGAUCAAGAUUAAAAGUGUUAUGCAUUAACAACAUGUCUAAGCUGCUUUGGUUGCCCUUGCAUUGUGUAAAUGACUAAUUAAAAAUAGUGUUCUUCAAAGUAAAUAUCUGAAUGUUACAAUCUGUGUUUUAUUGUGUUUUGAAAGCAAUGACAGUGAAAUA